CUCCGCCUCUAGGGGCAGAACUACUUCCGGUCUCUUCCCCGGGCGGAAGCGUCGGAGCGGAGAGGGAAAACAGCGCUCCUUUCCGGUGUAGGGGUACUGUUGAAGUAGCCACCGAGGGAAGAGGGGUCGUCUGUGAGCUUCCCCAUCAGGUCAGCUCGGGGACCAUAAAGGUCCAGUCCUCUCUGUGUGGGCUCCCUCCGGUCACCACCGCCUUGCAGCUACCCCUUCCUCCCCCGCAGGAUGACGCGGCACGGCAAGAACUGCACAGCAGGGGCCGUCUACACCUACCAUGAGAAAAAGAAGGACACAGCGGCCUCAGGCUAUGGCACCCAGAACAUUCGACUGAGCCGGGAUGCCGUCAAGGACUUCGACUGCUGCUGCCUCUCACUGCAGCCCUGCCACGACCCUGUCGUCACCCCAGAUGGCUACCUGUAUGAGCGGGAAGCAAUCCUCGAGUACAUUUUGCACCAGAAGAAGGAAAUUGCCCGGCAGAUGAAGGCCUAUGAGAAGCAGCGGGGCGCCCGGCGAGAGGAGCAGAAGGAGCUGCAGCGGGCAGCGGCGCAGGACCAUGUGCGGGGCUUCUUGGAGAAGGAGGCAGCCAUCGUGAGCCGGCCCCUCAACCCCUUCAUGCCCAAGGCCGCCUCGGCAGGGAACGGCCCAGACGAUGCCCAACCCGGGUCCAGUGGAGGCCCUGCAGGCAAGGACAAGGACAAAGCGCUGCCCAGCUUCUGGAUCCCGUCGCUGACCCCCGAGGCGAAGGCCACGAAGCUGGAGAAGCCGUCGCGCAUCGUGACCUGCCCCAUGUCCGGGAAGCCGCUGCGCAUGUCCGACCUGACGCCGGUGCGCUUCACGCCGCUGGACAGCUCCGUGGACCGUGUGGGGCUCAUCACGCGCAGCGAGCGCUACGUGUGCGCUGUGACCCGCGACAGCCUGAGCAACGCCACGCCGUGCGCCGUGCUGCGGCCCUCUGGGGCUGUGGUCACCCUGGAGUGCGUGGAGAAGCUGAUUCGCAAGGACAUGGUGGACCCGGUGACCGGGGAGAAGCUCACGGACCGUGACAUCAUCGUGCUGCAGCGGGGUGGCACCGGCUUCGCGGGCUCCGGAGUGAAGCUGCAGGCGGAGAAGUCCCGGCCGGUGAUGCAGGCCUGAGCGCGGGAAACCAAAUAAAAGGGGCUUGGACGCAA